AUGGUGGCUACGUUGCACUGUCCUUCGAGACCGAAAACUGUGGACGAGAUCACAUCUCGGCUAGGCGAUUCUGCAUGCGACGAGAAAGAGAUAUCGGCGCUGCGUGCUUUAAUCUCGCAAAUGGUGGGCCGAUUUCGUGACAAGAGCCGUCCCGGUUACUAUGUUGAAGCGUCACAUCUGUCACGAGCCACGACUCCGAGACAAUACCACCACUUGGCACAAGUCUUCUCGCGGGCGAUCGUGGUCAACGCCGAAAAGGGUUACGCACUUGACGGGGAUCUUCUCCCUAGCUUCGUCUUUCUCCUUUGCAAUAAGCCGGAAGGUUACUCGCGCGAUGGGCUUUAUGCGGCAGUCAAUGCAUUGCGUGAAAGGCUGGACUACAAAAUCCGCGAGAAUGCAUUGGAAGCUCAAUACCUUCUGUGCUAUACGCUCGGCGUCUUGCUCGAUGUCGCGGUAGAUAUCAAAGCGUCAGAGAUUGAGAAGGAUUCCUUACGAGACCCACUUCUCAAACUACUUGCGGAUUUGAAGAAGGAUCAUGAUGAGCCACGCUUGGCUCAAGCGGCAGCCUACGCGUACGAAGCGCUCAGAGGUAUUUCAGACAGUCAAGGUCCCUGGGAUAUCUUCUGGAGCAACAGCGGAAGGGUCAUUGCAGUGGCUGCGAAAACUGCCGGGGCUGUCUCAACCAUGAAUCCAGAAAAGCUACUGGACGCGGGGCCAGACUUGAUGGAACUUUUGAAAUUGUCGAAAAGAAUUUAUGACGGGGGCAGGGAACUAGUUGAAGCAAUGAGGAAGAUAGAUGAAGCGUUUGUUGAGAACAUUCGCAGACUCCCACAUCAAAGGCUCUGGUAUGGCAUACUUCGGUACACUAGUAUGCUUAUUUUCGCUGGCGGCAGCUCAUUUGACACCCUGGAACACAUAUUACCUAAGGUCCCCUGUGGGGAUAGCUGGCAGUUCUGGUGCGGGUUGUAUGCCCAACUCGAGCAAGGCUUCUUGUUGGGAGGUCAACGGGAAAAAAGUCGGAUCAUCCGAGUUGUCAACGUAACAUUCGACCUGAAAUCUUUGCAGGAAACAAAGGCAAAAGAUUUGCGUGUUCAGCAGUGGAUCAACCUGAUUUCAGAGACGUUUGAUCAGAAAGGAUGGAAACAGUCCUUACCAAGAGCUCGAAGAUCUUUUCCGUUACGCUUUUUGAAGAAACUAGAGUGCGAACCGCAAGUGAGGAAGCCUUUUGACCCGAAUACGGCAGCAGCCAUCGGUCGCAGUUUGUUGAAAGAUGCGUGGCACGAGUGCAAGGAGGCGCAAAGGUUCUAUGCCGAUGCCGCGUUGAAGGAGUAUUAUUUGCAACAGAACCGGCUUAAGAUACUACGUCUCUCAAACGACACUCUGGACAUCAAUAAUUGCUACAUUAACCUUGGAAUUAUUGAACCUUCCCUAGACCGACAAAACCAGAAAGCCUUCGAGCUAUCCCUCCAGAGGCGUCUACGGGUAGAAGCACUGGGCGAGGGGAAAGCACUUGAAUUACAAGAACUUUUUGAUGCCCGCAAGCUAAGAAGCCAUGUUGAUUCUCCCGACAACCAGUUAAGAGCUCCAAGACGCAUUCUUAUUAGAGGCCGUGCUGGAGUGGGAAAGACAACCUUGUGCAAAAAGAUUGUUCACGACUUCAUCAAUGCCAACUUUCCCCGGUGGAAGUUUGAACGGGUGCUUUGGAUACCCUUGCGGAAGCUAAAAGACAAGCCUACUCUAGAUCAGUUUCUUUGCCAUGAGAUUUGGUCGAAUCAUCGCGAGAAAGACCAUUUCAUCUCUGCUCUACUGAGAACAGUAUAUAAUCAAGCAGACAACAAGACUCUUCUGUUGCUGGACGGCUUCGAUGAGAUUAUUGGCGCGAAGACUCCCAGUGGAGACCUUGUCAAGUCUCAACCGAUUUUGAAUCUUCUCAACUACCCGAAUGUCAUCAUUACGUCCAGGCCGCAUGCAAGACUUGAUAAAUCGAUUCAGGACUUCGAUCUCGAGCUUGAGACGACUGGUUUUCGCUCUGAGCAGGUAGAAGCAUACGUCGACCAGAUUGUGGGCUGCAUUGGCCAGGACGAAAAAUCUGCAAGGGAGAUCAAGCAUUUCAUCAACAGCCACUGGUUGAUAAAAAGUCUUCUUCAGAUUCCUAUCCAACUGGAUGCUUUAUGCUUUGCUUGGAACGAGAGGCUUCUUUCGCAAAAAAUCAGAACUAUGACUGCCUUGUAUCAGGCAAUCGAAGUCAGACUAUGGAAAAAAGACAUGGUUCUCUUGGGAAGGGUGAGCGAGAGUGAGGCUGAUAAUAUAUACGUACGGUCUCAAGUUGAACAAGCUAUGCAUGACCAUAUCGAGCUAAUCCAGAAGCUCGCUUUUACUGGCUUAUACAACAGCAUUGUUGAAUUCACACAACAACAUCGAAUAAUAACAUAUGCAACAUUGCCUGGCUUGGAAGGUAAAUCAGAUAAUCUACUCAAUGAAGUAUCAUUUCUUCGGAGCUCUGGUUCCGGGAAGACUCACCAACGCCAGACUUAUCACUUCAUUCAUUUGACCUUCCAGGAGUUCUUCGCUGCUCAUUACUUUGUGCACUGUUGGAUGACUGAUACCCCGCUGACAUGUCUCGAAAUGAACUCGACCGAGUGUCAUUAUCUAGAUGCGGAACAGUUCAUACACCGCGAGAAGUAUAAUGGUCGCUACAAUGUCAUGUGGCGGUUUGUAGCAGGACUUCUCCAUGGAAGCGAGAAUCAAGAAAGGCUAACCCAAUUCAUGCAAGUUCUGGAUAGUGAGCCAAAGGACUUACUCGGAUUUGCACACCCUCGUAUCUUGAUGUAUUGUUUCAAUGAGAUCCUGCUUCCUCCCGGGCACAGUGCUCUGCGGCAAUUGCAACACAGCACCGAUGUGGAGCUACUGGCUGCUUUAGUGGGAUGUAAUGCCCUUUACUCAUUCCUUUUGAGUACUGAAAUGGAGUUCCCGGACCACUUACUGCGGCGCAUCCUGGACAAUUCAGAUGAGGAACUCGUUAUCAGGACUCUCCGCGAUAUAUCAAGCCGUGCCUGGGUAUCACCAGCACUCCUACAAAAGAUGAAAGAUAUUGUGCACAUCAGUGAGUCCAAUAGCUUGAAGCAGAGUGCAUUCCUUGCUCUCAUUGCGCAUGACAGAUUCUGGCAAGAGCCGCUCCAAAAGAUGCUCGAGACUCCAAAGCUGUGGAUAACAGCAACUCAUGAUUUCGUUUUUAUGGCGAAAAUGACGAGGGCACAGGAAGAAUUCAUCAAUACAUUGUUAGCCAGGAUCGAGGCAGAACAGACUCCAGUGCCAGAGUUGGUUGGUACCAUACGAUGGCAGUUCAGGCUAGCUAAAACAAAUAUAACGAAGCUUGUAUCUCUGCUGAAGGCGCGAGAACCACCGUUGAGGGAGUUUGCUGUGACCACACUCGGGAGUCAUUUGUCUACAAACAUCGAUAUCAUACCGCGUGUUCUGGCUCUCCGGCAUGAUAGUGAUCUAAAGGUGAGGCUUGCGGUCAUCCGAGCUUGCUCCGCGCUCUCUGGCAGGCCAUCUGUUCUUGAUACAUUACACAGUGCCUUGAAUGACGACGAUGCAAAAGUUCGAGAGCUUUCUGCAGAUGCCUUGCGGUCAGAAGAAUCUUUGCCCAUCGAGAUUUUGGACACUCUGGCGUUUCGAAUGGAAAAUGAUGAGGACGCUAUAGUGAAGAUAAGAACAAUGGAAGUAUGGAGCAAGCAUUGUGCCUGCCCAGCGGACAUUGUGGAAACUGCCGUUCCAUUCCUGGAUGACGGGAACUCUUGGAACGUUAGGCUUGCGGCAGCUAAAGUCAUCGGCCGUCAAAAGCUUCCUGAGUCUCGAGUGCGCUCUUUCGUGUCUAUGCUCAAACAUAAGUCGGAAAAACGAAAUCUUGUGCUUGAGAUUCUCGAGGAAUAUUUCGCACACUCCAAGCUCCCAGAUGAAGCUUUCGAAGCCUUGCUUGAGAUCUGGAGCCACAAUGAUGACAAUAUAAGCGGCCUCGUGCCAGUCAUGCUUCGGAUCAAUCAUGACCUGAGUGACGAUGUUCUGAAAUCUUUGGUCUCUUUCCUGGGUCAUUCGAAUCAGGAGCUUCAACAACUAGCGUGUUGGGUAUUUGCCGAACAGUCCCGGCUGCCAAAGUUUGCCACCGUCCCCAUCUCGGCUCUGUUGCCCGACCCGGAUCUGAAACACGAAUACACGACGGCCCUUGCGCUGAAAGCCCUGGGUAGGGACCCGGAACUGCCGGAAGACAUUCUCGAGGUCGUGAUCCAGACUCUGGAGGCUUCGCGAUCAUGGAAGAACGUGCUUAGUGCUGUAAAUUGUCUCAGAGCACAAAGGCAUCUCAGCCAAGGGCUCUCACAAGCCAUACUAUCAGCCCUCACAUGGUCCACGACAUUAGAAGUUGAAAGUCUCACUCGCGAGCGUGAUGAGUUUAGCACGGUGCUGCCAAACCUCGAUGGCGAGCGUUGGGAGAUGUUGUUCAAAGUCUGGAUAGAGAAAGGCCUGGCCUCCGACUUUUCUUGUGUUCUUCAUGGAGAGGAACUUCGGCUUACCACUCCUGAGCGUGCUUUCAGCGUCCAUUUGUCGACUCCCCUACAGCGGGAGACUGUCAGAAAGGCAGCGAAGGCUGCUCGAGCGCGGGUACUGGGUGGCUCUGGUUCGGUGCGCGAGUAG